AUGAAGAAAUUCACUCUUACCGCUCUCUUACUAGCAACCGCCCUGUCUCUUGCUACUCAUGCUGCUCCUGCCCCUGCUCCUACGUCAACUCCUAAGAACGGAACUGCCACUGAGGAUUCCGCUCUCCUGAAACUCAUUGUCGACUAUGACGAGGAGGCAGCCGACGCCCUGAUCGCCAAGUACGACGCCGCUUUCAACGGCACCAUUUCCCCUCCACAAUCCAAAUCUUCCUUAGCAGCAGCAGCAUCCUCGAGCCGUGUCAUCCCCUUCUGUGUCGGCCUCGCUCAGAACCCGGUCCGCAACCAAGUAUUCUCGAACAAAGUAAAGUGCGACCAAGAUGGCUGGAAGACCCUCUUUGUUUUCACAGCCUUUGUCGACCCCGACCCAUACCAGGGCUUCAACAAGACUUGCGUCGCAUACGCCACAAACCCCGUCCGCAGUCUGCUUUUCUUUGACACCCUUUCCUGCACCAAGGGUGAAUGGACGACCGACUUUAAAUUCUACCAGAGCGAUUGCAAGCCAUCCGAUACCGACCUCAACUGCAUCCGCCGGCAAUCGGCAACCGUCAUGUGGCAGGCCUAUGAACCUCACCGAAUUCUGCUCUAUCCAUGGUACUUUGGCCAGCAACACGGAUGGAAGGACCCAGUUCCAAUUAGGUACAUCACUCAAUGGAGAUACGCCAAGGAGGCCGAAUGGAAGUCUCUCCAAGACGUCAUGGCGAUCCACGCAAUCCUCCACAGUCGAACAACCAUCUCCACCACCCCAGACGACCCCACCCGCAGAUGCCUCCGCAACCUGUUCCAGCUGUUCCCAUGGGGUACAAUCCCAACCGCCGGUGUCUCAUGGCCAGCAAACGCUCACCCGCUCUUCCUCGUCGCAGCCGUCCGGGAUGCAUGCAACCACCUGUCCGAUAAGACCUCAUUCGAGAUCAACCCCAACAUCCACCAGGGUUACGCAUCCAUAAACGCCGUGAUUGGCGGCAAGAUAUACGCCAGUGUCACUGUGCCGGUCGGGGCAAAAUUCAACCGCCAGCUCGUCCCCUUGGCCUUUGAAGAGAGUCUCCGGACAAAGUUCCCAGUACCCUUCGGGUCCGUCACCACUCGUCCUGAGGCCAUUGUUGCCAUGGUCCAGAAGAGCUUCAUUGUCAUGGGUGGUCCUGAGGCAUACGUUGAAGCCGCUGAUCUCCCUUUUGUCCCUACUGGUCGUUAA